CAUGGAAGCUAUACUUAGGGAGUUUUGGUUAAAUCCUAAACCAUGAAAAAAAAAAUUCAGCACUGACCAUUAUACCUCGUUGUAAACAGGUUGGAGGUUUGCAGCUCGCCUACGUACAUGCAGCAAAGACAGAAACACCAUGACGCUCUUUGCGCCAACAUAAACAUUCCAACCAUCCAGUUAGUUAAUUAUUACUGUUAUCCAACAAAGCAAACGCAUGUUUCUCCGGCGAACCCUAAUAUAAAAGAGGCAGAUAGCACCUCAAAGGAAAGAGAAGAAAAGAAGAAGAAGAAGAAGAAGAAGGAGAAGGUGACUACCAGAAGAGGUGCCUCCAAAACGCAGCCAACAUGACUGUUUGCCCUAGCGACGACAGGCAUGUGGCCGUUUUAGCGUUCCCAUAUGGCACACACGCGGCACCUCUCCUUAACCUGGUGAGGAGAACCGCCGCGGACGCUCCUGAAGUCAUCUUCUCCUUCUUCAGCACCAAAAAGUCCAACGCCUCUGUCUUCGCCGGCCUCGACGAGGAGCAGCUUUUCAACAUAAGGCCCUACGACGUCCACGAUGGCCUUCCCGAUAACUAUGUCCCUUCCAACGCUCUCGAACCCAUUGGCAUGUUCGUCAAGGCCAUGCCUGGGAACUAUAAGACUGCCAUUGACGAAGCCGUUAAAAACACCGGGAGGAACGUUACUUGCUUGCUUACUGAUGCCUUCUUUUGGUUCUGUGCUGACUUGGCUCAUGACUUGCACGCAAAGUGGGUUCCUCUUUGGACCGCAGGGCCUCAUUCUAUCCUUGCUCAUGUUUCCACCGAUCUUAUUAGGGAAACAUUGGGCCCCGAUGGAGUCCGUGAAAACAGAGAAAUCGAUUUCCUUACUGGUUUCUCUGGGGUGAAGCCUUCUGACUUGCCUGAAGGAGUAGCCGAGGAGUUAGAAGAUCCUUUUUCAAGUAUGUUACACAAAAUGGGAGCAGCACUGCCUAGGGCAACAGCAGUUGCCAUAAACUCCUUCGCUGCAGUGCACCCUCCUAUUGCACAUGAACUGGAAUGCAAGUUCCAAUUGCUACUGAACGUUGGUCCAUUCAUUUUGACAAUGCCACAGUCUCUGCCUGCAGAUGAAGACGGGUGCUUGCCGUGGCUGAACACGCAAGAGGAAGGGUCAGUAGUGUACAUAAGCUUUGGAAGUGUGAUAAUGCCACCACCCCAUGAGUUGGCUGCAUUGGCUGAAGCCCUAGAAGAAACCAAAUAUGCAUUUAUUUGGGCUUUUAGAGGCAACCCUGAGAAGCAAUUGCCACAAGGGUUCUUGGAAAGGACAAAGACACAAGGGAAGGUUGUUGGAUGGGCCCCACAAAUGCAAAUCCUUAGGCACUCAGCUGCUGGAGUGUGCGUGACACAUGGUGGUUGGAACUCCAUUUUGGAUUGUAUGGUUGGUGGUGUGCCUAUUAUUAGUAGGCCAUUUUUUGGAGACCAGAGUUUAAACACAGCCACACUGGAACAUGUUUGGGGGAUCGGUGUGGGACUUGAAAACGGGGUUUUCACUAAGGAAGGCACUGUCAAAGUUUUGCAGUCAAUCAUGUCAAGUGAGAAUGGGAAGGUGAUGCGGCAAAAGAUAGUGGAACUCAAGGAUUCCGCAAUGGCAGCAGCGGGACCUGAAGGUGACUCUACCAAGAAUUUCCGCACUUUCACAGAUAUUGUGACAGCUUCAAACUAUGAGAUAAUUCACCCACAACACCACGGUCAUAGAGCAGGUUUCCGCAGCAAAAUCGUAGGUGCAUUUGAUGCCGCACGCACCAAAUUCAGCCGCCGCCACCAUAAUCAUAAGCAUUAAGAUAUUCUACACUUUAGAAGUUUUUGCAGGCGCAAUUGCAAGGUUCAAAUUUAAGAACAGCAACUCAGCAACUUGGAACUUUGGAUUUUAUUUUCCCAAAGGAAGCGAAAUGAAUAUUUCAGUUAUUUGAAAGGCUCCUUAUUGUAUUUCUGUACUUGCAAAUUAAUAAAAUAAUGAAAUUGGAUUUUUCGUGCUCUCUUUC